AUGGCUCAACUUUAUUACAAAAAGGUGAACUACUCGCCCUACCGGGACCGCAUCCCACUGCAGAUCGUGCGGGCAGAGGCUGAGCUCUCCGCGGAGGAAAAGGCCUUCCUCAGCGCCGUGGAGAAAGGCGACUACGCCAGCGUGAAGCAGGUCCUGCACGAAGCAGAAAUCUACUACAACGUAAACAUCAAUUGCAUGGACCCCCUGGGCCGCAGUGCCCUGCUCAUCGCCAUUGAAAAUGAGAACCUGGAGAUCAUGGAGCUGCUGCUGAACCACAGCGUCUAUGUGGGCGACGCCUUGCUCUACGCCAUCCGCAAGGAGGUGGUCGGGGCCGUGGAGCUGCUGCUCAGCUACCGAAAGCCCAGCGGAGAGAAACAGGUCCCCACUCUGAUGAUGGAUGCCCAGUUCUCCGAGUUCACCCCAGACAUCACACCCAUCAUGCUGGCCGCCCACACCAACAACUACGAGAUCAUCAAGUUGCUUGUCCAACGCCGGGUCACCAUCCCCCGGCCCCACCAGAUUCGCUGCAAUUGCGUGGAGUGCGUGUCCAGCUCGGAGGUGGACAGCCUGCGGCACUCUCGCUCGCGCCUCAAUAUCUACAAGGCCCUGGCCAGCCCCUCGCUCAUCGCCCUGUCCAGCGAGGAUCCCAUCCUCACGGCCUUCCGCCUCGGAUGGGAGCUCAAGGAGCUCAGCAAGGUGGAGAAUGAGUUUAAGGCCGAGUACGAGGAGCUCUCCCAGCAGUGCAAGCGCUUUGCCAAAGACCUCCUGGACCAGGCUCGGAGCUCCCGCGAGUUGGAGAUCAUCCUGAACCACCGGGAUGACCACACCGAGGACCUCGACCCCCAGAAGUGCCAUGACUUGGCCAAGCUGAAGGUUGCGAUCAAGUAUCACCAGAAAGAGUUUGUCGCUCAGCCGAACUGUCAGCAGCUGCUGGCCACGCUGUGGUACGACGGCUUCCCAGGCUGGCGGCGGAGACACUGGGGAGUCAAGAUGCUGACCUGCAUCACCAUUGGCCUCCUGUUCCCCAUGCUGUCUAUAGCCUAUUUGGUGGCCCCCAGGAGCAACCUUGGGCUCUUCAUCAAAAAACCGUUUAUCAAGUUCAUCUGCCACACGGCCUCCUACCUGACCUUCCUCUUCAUGCUGCUUCUGGCAUCCCAGCACAUCGUCAGGACGGACCUGCACGUGCAGGGGCCGCCGCCCACUGUGGUGGAGUGGAUGAUACUGCCUUGGGUUCUAGGUUUCAUUUGGGGAGAAAUUAAGGAGAUGUGGGACGGCGGCUUCAACGAGUACAUCCACGACUGGUGGAACCUGAUGGAUUUUGCCAUGAACUCACUCUACCUGGCGACAAUCUCGUUGAAAAUCGUGGCCUACGUCAAGUACAACGGUUCUCGUCCCAGGGAGGAAUGGGAAAUGUGGCACCCGACUCUGAUAGCCGAAGCCCUCUUCGCCAUCUCCAACAUUCUGAGCUCCCUGCGCCUGAUAUCCCUGUUCACGGCCAACUCUCACCUGGGGCCUUUGCAGAUCUCCUUGGGCCGCAUGUUGCUCGAUAUCCUCAAGUUCCUCUUCAUCUAUUGCCUGGUCCUGUUGGCCUUUGCCAAUGGACUGAACCAGCUGUACUUUUACUAUGAGACCAGAGCCUCCGACGAGCCCGACAACUGCAAGGGGAUCCGCUGCGAGAAACAGAACAACGCCUUCUCCACGCUUUUUGAAACCCUUCAGUCACUCUUCUGGUCGGUGUUUGGACUUCUGAAUCUCUAUGUCACCAACGUCAAAGCCAGGCACGAGUUCACUGAAUUCGUGGGGGCGACCAUGUUUGGGACGUACAAUGUCAUCUCCCUGGUGGUGCUGCUGAACAUGCUCAUCGCCAUGAUGAACAACUCCUACCAGCUCAUUGCCGAUCAUGCAGACAUUGAGUGGAAAUUUGCCCGAACCAAGCUCUGGAUGAGUUACUUUGAUGAAGGGGCCACCUUACCACCUCCCUUCAAUAUCAUCCCAAGCCCCAAGUCCUUCUGCUACCUGGGCCAGUGGUUCCACAGGCACUUUUACGCCAACAGGGGCUCGGCAAAUAACGGAAGGAAGCAUGGCAACCUGAAAAUGUUCACUGAACGCCAUGCUGACAGCUUGAUUCAAAAUCAGAAUUACCAGGAAGUGAUACGGAAUUUGGUGAAAAGAUACGUCGCAGCCAUGAUCAGAAGCUCCAAAACAAAUGAUGGACUGACAGAAGAAAACUUUAAGGAGCUAAAGCAGGACAUCUCCAGCUUUCGUUACGAGGUGCUUGACCUCUUGGGCAAUCGCAAACCCCAACGAAGGAGCUUUUCCACGAGCAGCACUGAAAUCUCCCAGAAGGAUGAUGCUAAUGACGGUAGUGGGGGGGAGAAGGCCAAAUCCAAAAGCGUCUCUUUCAACCUAACUGGCAAAAAAAGGGACCACAGCACCUCGGCCCCAGCCAAGUCGGCGUCCAAGACGAGUAGCGGGGGUGCGACUGCUGCCCCCACUCCUCAGGUUAAGCCAAAAACUGGUGGGUCAAGUAAGCACUCCUUUAUGAGCAACCCACUUCAGAAACUAUCAAGCUCCAAGAAAGAGUCUUUCAAGAGACUGGGUCUCUUGUUCUCCAAGAUGAACGGGCAUCUGGCCGAGCCCAGCGCGGAGCCCAUGUACACGAUUUCUGACGGAAUCGUUCAGCCCCGCUACACGUGGCAAGACAGCAGAUAUUCCCAUAUGGAUCCAGAGAGGGGAGAAGCUAGCUGUUCGAGAAGCGAGAGUAACCUGUCAGAGGCGGACUUUGGUGGGGGUGCAUGUGCCCCCAGCACCAGCGCAAGGGCCUCUGGGCAGAGCAGCGAAUGCCCUCUCGCAUCCUCCAGUUCUCUCCACUGUGCAUCCAGCAUCUGCACAUCCAACUCCAAACUGAUCGACUCCACGGAGGAUGUGUUCGACUCGUGGGGGGAGGCUUGUGACUUGCUUAUGAACCGAUGGAAGGAUGGACAGGAAGAACAUGUUACAACGCGACUCUGAGCUAAGCCCACUACCCCGCCGUAGAACUGGGCAGGCUGUUUGUCUCUCUUGGCUAGAGAGGGUGGGGUGGGGGAGGGAGCUCUGAAUCAUAGCUCCCUCGAUGCCCUUAGAACCCACAUGACACUCCCACCCUGUGGCUUUCAUUAUUGCUUCAAUGUUUGGUGAAUUGAUUUUGUUUUUGCCAUUUUCUACCUAUAGAUGCUGAUCUCAUCUUUGCUACCUAAAGGGGUUCCCCGGGAAGCCCCAGAGCUUAGGGGUCACAUCUGUACUUGCAAACUCUUUGCUCUGCUUUUCCUGUCUCGCGUCCUCUAGGCCCCUUCCCACCUCUCCUGUCUUUUCUUCCCUCUACCACCAAAAAAAAAAGAAAGAAAGAAAGAAAACAAGUCCCAAUGCAUAGGAGCUCCCGAGCACAGUCCCACUAGCCCCGAUUGAAGCCGACUCUGAACCUGCCCUUGCUGCUGUCCAGUAUCGCCCAGAGCCAACUGUCAUCGAAAAAGGUCUCGUCCAAGUCUGACGGAGCAUCCGUGUCCCUUUAAUUGACUGUUUUCUGAAAACAACAGAAUAAAAAAAAGCCAGCAACACCACCAGCAGAGCGCAUACUUGGGGAUCCCAGGCCAGGCAACUGCAGCUCAGCUGAGAACAAAAGGUCCAGAUGCAGAAGACCCCCCCAGAUCCAGAACCAAAGGCCACUAGUGUGUUGGGAACCCUAAGGAUUUGCUUUCAGAGUCUCUACCAAAUCCGGGAGGGGGGAAGGGGAGGGAGAGGCCCAGAUGUAAGUACAUGUGUACUGGAGCAGCAGCUCCCUCCAAACCCAAUUAACAAAUGCUCUGCCAAUGACCCUAGCUUCAGUAUCAGUAGCAAAGUUUCCAACAUCCUAGACAUGGUGCUCUAAUGGGCAGACUUGUUCUAAGCAACAGAUCCCAGGAUUUUCUUUCCCAUUCUGUUUGAUGGUACAAAUUCCCAUCUAUGAGCCCCUGUAUCCAAGGCUUUGAAAGAGAACGGCUUCCUCGUAGACAACUUUGGCUGCAGUUAUGCCGGAUCUCACUCCAUUUUUUCCAGGGGGGCUGUGUGGCUGGAUCAGUAGCAGAAUGCCCCAAGCCUAGACUCCCUUGACAACUGUUCAGUCAGAUCGCUGUUUGUGCACAGUUGGGAGCUUUCUUUCUAACCCUGAGGCCUUAUAUGUGGGCAAACAUUAACUAGGCUGGGGACAUGAUAGAUCGUAAGACAUAGCAGGUGCUUUGACUUCAAUACCCCAGUUUCGCAUGGCCACCUCCCUCACCGACUCCUGGUCUGCUUGGAGCUUGGGAGCAUGAAGCACUAAAGGUCAAUUUUUUCCAGGAACUACAUUCUAAUGAGCUAGAGCAGUCACUAUCACCAAUCCAGCUGGAUUUUAUGUUAUUUUGUCCUCAAGUAAAGAGGUCCAUCACAAAACAUAGGGCCAAAAUCUAUUCUAGAUCCAGAUGUUAACACAAAAGCAUAUUCUGUUCCCCACUAUUAAAUCAUCAGAACAUGACUAUAGAAACUUCAUUAACUUUCCUUGAACAUUGCUGAGGAGCUUAAUUCAACUUCCUGCCUUCUCUGACCCCAAAUUUGGCUUAAACUCAUUAUCAUGACAGAUACCUGGCUGGCAAGCUUUGUUAACGCUCAGUAAUGGGCAUAGAAAGACCUGCCCAGAUAGUUUUGCCAGACGAGUGUGAGAAAGAAGUGUUUUGUUCCCAUUCAAUAAGCAUCUCUUUAGCACUUGUAUGACAGUGUACUAGGUACCAGAGACGGGCCAGAAACAAGAACUAGACUGGAGAUUUCCCUGGCAAAGGAAGCUCCCUCCAUCAAUUCUCUUUGAGAGUCUCCUAGAGCACCAAGGGGCCCCAAGUCAAUGUGUCUAUCAGAGGUAGGCCCUGAAGGCAGGUCUUCCCGCUUUCAAGGCGGUAGGGGAGAAGAUAACACAAAGCAGCCCCUGUCCUCAAGGAGAAUGUAUUCUACACCGACUGGAGUCGGUCUUGGCAUUUCAACUCCAUGUCAUUAUUAAGCUGGAAAAUCUCCAAAGAAACUCCUGAAUGAGGUCCACAGAGUCACUUGUUGGGUGAGGACCCUCUCCAAUUCAUAACCAUUGUUCUGAGGGAACAACAGGAGGUGCAGAAUUCCAAGCACAAAUGCAUCAUCUUCAAGAAGGCCUCACGCUUAGAUCCCCGCUUCUAACUGCAACCUUUCUCAGACUUUUUGACGCAAGGUGCAUUCAUUUGGCUGCCACUUUAUCUCAAUGGUGAGGUGGAAACAAAUCUAGGACAUCGGUGCAUCAAGGACUCUGCUGUGCCAUGCCAUUGCGGGAGCACCUCUGCUACACCAACUCCAUAUGAGCAUCAUGUGAACACCCUGAGUGCAAGAACUCAGACCAAACUACAUACCCCUGGUAUUUCAACACUAAUUGUGGGGGAAAACUUGGGCACUCCCCUGUCAUUUUAGAUCUCCAUCUGCUCUACCAAUCCAAUCUAGUCCAAUCCAAUGAGUAUUUAUUAAGCUCCUUCUACGGGCAAGGGACAGUGCUGAGCAUUGGUGACGCAAAGACAAAAUGGCGGAGUCCCUGGCCUCUAAAGAGCUCAUAUUUCACUAAACUGGGUUCCAAGACAUGGAAACAUGACCCUAUUCCAAGUACUGGGACUGCACAUUCCACGGGUGUCAUUCUAAGGCCCCACAGGCUCCAACUAGAGCCCUGGUGGACCUGAGGCAGCCAGUGAGACCGGUCAAUGGCUCCACAUGCAUACAUCCACCUUCUGUGACCACAACACUAGAAUGAGUUCUAUGUUCCCAUUCCCCACUUUGCUGAUGUAGAAGCUACCAUUUAGUGCUCCACUGUUGGCUUCAGCACAGACAUUGCCUCAACUGUAUCCCCAGCAGCCCAUUUAUUCUUUUCCUACCCAAGUGGCUUAUGCCUUGCUGUUUUUUUGUGGGACCAUUUUGUCUACAUGGCGUGCCACCCAUCCACCCAAACCUACUCUCUAACAUUUUGGUUCCUCAGUCCCUUUCCCUGAUCGCUGAGGUGUUUUGUUUUGUUUUUUUGUGGAGAGGCGAGAGAGGAAGAAUGGCCUUCCUCUGGAAAGAGGCAGCUUCAAAGUCCUUCUCAUCAAAAUGGGUACAUGCAGAGGAAUGGAGUCUGUUGUGACUGUCAUGAACUUUAGAUCUAUCAAGAUUGGAAAUUGUUGGCUUUAUGAAAGAAAAAAGAACAGAAACAAAGCACUGGGGUUAGAAGCAAAGGAUCUUACCUGUAAAAAAGAAAUCUGCUAAUUUUCAACGCACGUUCGUGGAUAACCCUAGUAUGAGUUGUACAGCUGUACCCACCUAUUUCAGGCAUGGCUGCACGUGCUAACCCAGGGCCUAGGAUUGCUGCAAUGGAGAGUGUUGCAAAGGCAGGAAUUCAUUCACAGCCAGCCCUUGAACUGCCUCCUCCCAACAGUUUGGGGUCUUUGCCCUUUCUGUAUUCUCUCCGCCUCAGUUCACAUUCCACUUUCUUCUCCUAACAAUGUAGUGUGUACACUUGUGUGUAUGUGUUAGUGGCAUUUGAGAGCCACAUACAUAUUAAAAUUUUGAAUAUUGAAAUAUAAAGUGAAAUGGGUUAGCCUCAUGGCCCAGAGAAGUCUGAAGCAGACCGCCCAUCGUGGAGUGAAUGAGUGGCAGCAAUUUGGGGGAAAGCCCCCGGCUCGGCCUGCACGUGGAUGAAUGUCUUUGCCUGAAUGGAUGUAAUAGCCAUGUGGUUCACAUGGCCCAAAUGGCUCUGCUGACUCGGCAGAAGUAAAGAGAAGUAUGGCUUUUCUCCCUGCAUUGAUCCGAGAUGCACCUUACUCUAGGCUCAGCAAAGCGCACAGCACGGUUCCCAGACUGAAGCGUCUCACUCUCCAGACCAAGGCACGGCAAACCCUCUAUAAGCACACAGUUAAAAGGUUGAGCCUUCACAAGUCAUCAGUCUCAACUGGCUGAACUUUUGUCAUCAAUGGAGCACUCUGAAAGACAGGGAAAAGGGCACUACUGUGCAAAGAAGUCUGCGUCUUUAGACAAAAACUUUUAGAGAGAUUACGAACAAUUUGAGGCAGGGCUCUUUUCCUCCUUCAGAAAGAAGCCAGGGAUGUUGCAAUAUAAACUUAUGCUGAUAAUCAGGUCAAAAUGACUGCUUAUUUCAAACCGGAUGAAAGGUCAGACCGAAUGUGGGCUGGGUUUCAUAUAAUGGCCAAGGUGAGCUCUUGCUGUUGGCAACCAUAUUACUUGUUGCAGUAUCAUGUUGUGUCAGAUGCCAUUGGAAAUCCAGCCCUUCUCAGGGGCUAGUUUUCUAGAUAUUAAGGUUUUGGUAUUAUUGAUUAGAAGAAUCUCAGAAGAAAAAGCUAGGCUUUGGUUAGUGCUCCACGUGGAGGGAAAGGGAGGCACUAAAGAAAUGGAGGCCCAAGAAAUGUUUCUAAAAGGUAAGGCUCCAGAAAGUCAUUAUCAUAUUUUUCAAUCCAGCAUUCAAAAUCCAUUUCUACUUCAUAAAUUAUGCAUUAAUAUGGCUUUGUUCUCUACAGCAAGAGAUACCCAAAAACAUAACCAACUAGGAGGUAUCUAUCCCUCUUCCCUAAUUGCAUUUGUGCUCCCUACUCCCAAGGCUCGAUGCAUACUAGGCACUUAAUAAAUGUUCCAACUAGGUCUGGGAUCCCCCUUUGGUUGUGACCUUCCCAGCCCGGAGCAGACUGCUGGGAUUGGAAAUCUCCAUCUUGUGAAGAGCACAACUUGAUUUUUGGAAACAACCAAAUAUCAUUGUGAGAAGUUUGAAGGUUAAAAUGGGGAGAGUAGAGUUUGGGUCCAAAAGGAGGUAUGGCUAGCAAGUAACAAAGCUGUUCUUCUUGGGGGUGCUCUGCAAGUCAUCGCCAAAAAGCCAGCAUAGCAUCAGAGGCAAAAACGCACGAUGCUUCAGAGGAUUGCAAAUCACCAAAGCCUUGUAUUCCUCAAGUUCCUGUUUAAGGAACUUGCUCUUUCCACAUACAACUAAACAUUACACACAGGGAUUAGUUUCCCCCUGUGCUGAUCAGACUCAUGGAAAUCCUUGGGAACCACCUAGAUCCUAGGCAGGGUGAAGAGAAAGUCAAGUGGAGGCUCAGGGCAAAAUGAAAUGAGAAUUAUUGGGAGGGAACUGAUGAGUUCCCAGAGUAAGAAACUGAAGAGCAGAAAGAAGAGACCAGUCCAAAGUAGGAAUCGGAACCCUCUUUACACUACACCACGUUGCCUCCAUUUAUAGUAUUGGUGACCAAAAACACGACCCCUCCCCUCAGUAUUUUGUUUUUUUUGCUUUUGUUUCUUGUUCAAAAAUUAAAAAAAGAAAGAACAGAACAAAAGAACUUAAAACCAGCAGUAGCAUUCAAAUAGGUAGCUAAUAGCCAAUCCCUGCCCCGGAGUCUUUUUCUUCAAGAAUUCUCCAAAUGGGUUUGGAAAUGCUUUCUCCUCUUUCAAUAGGACGAUAUUUUUCAUCCUCUAUGAGGCUAAUUUUCCAGUCAGGAAGAACAAGAGAAGGGAAAAGAACAGCUAGGCUGUAGUUUCAAAGGCUGUCUUUCAAAUUGCUGCCCAGAGAAAGACCAGGAUUCAGAAGGUUUUCAGCAGACUGGUCCAACCUAGACUCUUCCUGGAAUCACUAAGGCUAAAAUUUUACCCAUUGUGAUCUCAGAGAUGCCCAGAGAGCUGACACAAGAACUGAUCCAGUAGGACUUGCCACAGAACAUUGGGACUAGUUUUCCAACAGCCCCUAGAGAAGAAGUUUGGCUUGGGCAGACCCAGAGAAGGUCCCGAUUGCCUUACAGCAUGGCUAGUCAGUCUGUUGCAGCCUCAUAGUGAUGUACACCAGCAGCUUUUGGUGCUUAGUGGGCUCUGCUUGAGCAAACCAGCCUGGCUGAGAGGAGCCCAAGGGAUAGUGACAUCAGGUGCCACCCCCUCCCCCAACUCCAGCUAAAGGGAAGGGGGGAUUGAAAUUGAUGAAACCUUGCUUCAACCAAUAGGGAUGCCAUCUUGUCCCUCUCAAGGCCCAACCCCACACCCACACCCACACACUCCAAUGUGUGGAAGGGGAUUUGAAAUUGAUACCCCUGAUAAAUCUGACUCUCCAGAUGGAGCUGACCCCAGGGUUGUCAAAUCAGGAUUUAGGUGUUCCAGGUUUGGGGGUCGAGUUUUAUUGAUCUGUAUGUUCAUAUCGUAUGGCCUGGGAAAGGGAGGAAAAGAGGCAAGGUUUCAUUCAUUAAGAAUUCCCUUUUCCCAUUCUAGCUGUCUCAGUUUCACGGGCACAUAUAGAAAGCCUGUCUGCAUGAACUUUAAGGUAAAACCUUAGCUCCCGAGCCCAAUGAUGAGGGAGUGGUCGGGCAUGUUCAUCUUAAUGACAGCUUGGCAUCAUGGGCUACUCCUUGAAAAUCAACAUGUCUCUUUGAAUAACUGUCACUUUCGUUUCAGUAUACUUCCUGUAAACAGUGCAAAGUUAACGUCAUCUUUAAAUAUAAGUGUGAACAAAAUGAAAUCUCGUAAAAGAAAAUUGUUUAUUUUGUGUGUUAUUUUUGGAUUUGUUGUAAACCAAAUCGUGAAGCAGCUACUUCCCCCAUUUGGAUGCCAAGUGUUCCAUUCCUUCCUUUUCCGAUGUAAGCAUUCAUAGCUGCCUAUUGAUAAUAAACAUUUAUGAAUGGAAAUGGA